AUGUCGCAGUCAACGCGGUCAUCGAUGCUCCUGAGCUUCCUCCUCCUGACCAUCCUAGCUCUAUCCUCCCUGGGGUCGACUCGUCCCGUCUCCAAAUCAGGGAGUGGCCCGUCAAGAUCUGAUCUCCACUCGAGAUCUGCUAGUCCCAGAGUGAUCCCUUCAGCCGACGAAUACCGCAACCAGCUCAUGAAGGAUGUCUUAGACUCGCUCGGUCUCAGCGUCCUGGACAAGCUAGACGACUGGAAGUCGAAGGUAGAGGACUCCGGUGUCAUCGACGACAGCAAGAGCCCCACGAACACCGUCACGGCCGAUCACAACUCCUCUGUCGUCGGCGAACCCAAGAACAACUCGGAUGACCAGCAGUCCCAGGACUCAUCGGACCCCGUCGGGUUCGUGGAUGAUGUUCUCUCCACACUUGUUGACAAGUUCCACGAGGCGUUCCUCUCUCAGGAUGAGGUUACGCUAGUUUGA